AUGUUUGUCCCCCUGCCGGUCCCCUUCGUCUUUCAGAGAACAGCGUCCGACUUCAGCGCCUGGAGACUCAAGUCCUCGCUGGCUCCGCGGUCCAGCCCCGAUAUCAGGAUGUCUAAAGCAGAGGAGGAGAAGCCUGGGGCUGAGUAUCCAGGGGACAGUUCAGACUCAGACAGAAACAGCCCUGAUCAUAAGGUCCAGCUGAUGAAAACCAGCCCCUUCAGCGUGUCUCCCACACCAGCUGGUAGCAAGGUAAAGAGUGAAGAGAGCUCUGAGAUGACCCACAGCAACAUCGCUCCUCCUGCGCCUCCCUCCCAACAACAACAGCAGCAGCAGCAGCAGACCCAACAUCACCACACACAGCUGAUGCUGGCUGGCAGUCAGCUGGCAGGGCUUGCCGCUCUCCUCCCAGCUCAGCAGCAGCUCCUCCUUCAGCAGGCUCAGGCUCAGCUCCUGGCGGCUGCCGUUCAGCAGUCAAACGCUGCCCAUGCUGCUCACGCUGCCCACGCCGCUGCACAGCAACAAGCCAACCAGCAACAACAGCAGCAACAACAACAACAGCAGCAGCAGCAGAUCCAGUCUCAAUCCCAGCAGCAGCAGCAAGCCAAACAGGAACAAACUGUCCAAGCUCCGCCUCCACCGCCACCACAGCUGGCCUUGUCACAGCCAAUCCAGCUCACUGCCCAGGACAUUCAGCAGCUGUUGCAGCUCCAGCAGCUGGUUCUGAUGCCGGGUCAUCCUCUCCAGUCUCCUGCCCAGUUCCUCCUGUCUCAGCCAGCACAGGCCCAGCAGCCGCAGCAGGGUUUGCUCUCGACACCAAAUCUGAUCCAGCUACCUCAGCAAAGCCCAGGAGGACUCCUGACAACCCCUCCUCGUCUGGGACUCCAAGCACAGAGGGAGAAGAGCAGUGAUGUUGGUGGAAGCAGUAGUGCUGCCUCUUUAGUUGGCUCCGGCGGCAGCAGCGGCGUUGGUGUCGUGACGUCUGUAGGAGCUACCUCAGCUUCCAGCAGCUCCAUGGCCUCUUCGCUAGCGUCAGGUUUGACUCCUGGAGGUCAUGGCGGUCACAUGGGGGAGGAGCCCAGCGACCUGGAGGAGUUGGAGCAGUUUGCUCGCACCUUUAAACAAAGGCGCAUUAAGCUGGGAUUCACCCAGGGAGACGUUGGCGUGGCCAUGGGCAAACUGUAUGGCAACGACUUCAGCCAGACCACUAUCUCCCGAUUUGAAGCUCUUAACCUGAGCUUUAAGAACAUGUGCAAGCUGAAACCUCUGCUGGAGAAGUGGCUGAGUGACGCAGAAACCAUGGCAGUAGACAGCAUGCUGCCCAGCCCGUCUUCUAUCUCCUCCCCCAUGUUGGGCAUUGAGGGUCUGCCUGGCCGACGCAGGAAGAAACGUACCAGCAUCGAGACCAACGUGCGAGUGGCCUUAGAGAGAAACUUCAACACGAACCAGAAGCCUACCUCGGAAGAGAUCCUGCUCAUGGCUGAGCAGCUCAACAUGGAGAAGGAGGUGAUUCGUGUUUGGUUCUGUAACCGCCGGCAGAAAGAGAAACGCAUCAACCCCUCCAGCAGCACCACGCCUCCCCUGCCCACCCAGACCUCGCCCGUCGUGACGCACAAAGCCCCCUGCUACAGCCCGCAUAUGAUAUCGAGUCAGGGUCUGUCCCAGGUCACCACCAGCCUCAGCACAACAGUGACAACAAACCUGUUAAUAUCCUUUUUUCUUCUCUUCUCAGCUGCCAGCUCCUCUCCUUCAGCAUCCUGCCCCAUGACUCCAGUCAGCUCAGCUGCAGUUGGCUCCACCUCUUCUGCUGUGAGUCCGCCUCCUCAUAGCACAGCCAGCCCCGCCCCUCAGAGCCUCGGAACCCACGGGCUCAACACUGGGAACACAAUGAUGGGAGUAAGCACAGGGAUGAACCCGGCCCUCAUUGGCAGCAAUCCCCUGGCUACCAUGCAAGCUCUGGCGGCCAGCGGCGGUCAACUGCCCAUCUCCGGCCUGGAGGGUGGAGCAGGUCACAUGCUCCUGGGUGGCCCUGGGGGUCCCGCUGUCCCUCCCUCCCUUCGCCCGUCUCUCUUCCUCAACCGCCCAACCCUUCUUCCCAUGGUGACCGGCUCCAUGGCGACAGGCUCCACACCUGCCAUAGGACUGGUGAGCGGAGGCGGCAGCAGCGCCGGUGCCUGCGCCCCGAGGCCCUCCUUCUCCCAAACUCCGCCCCCUGGAGCCAGCGACCUCAUGAGCCCCACUUCCUGCCCCGAGGAGUCCGCAUCUCCUUGUUCAAGUCCCGCCUCUUUCUGUUCCUUCAGCGAAGCCUCGCCACCGCCUCUGGGAGGGGCCAUGGCCGAGUGA